GUCGCUGGGUCUUAUCUAUGGCAGAAUCCACUGACGAGAAUAAUAAAAACAAUCUCUUAAUUGCUUUGAGACUGGGACACGUUAACAUAACAAAAAUUAUGAAUCAAAAAUAUGAACUCACCUCUGAAAUAGCCACGGACUUUGCAAACGUAGUAUCUCAUACGCAUCGAUAUGAAAGAUUGUUAGAAAAGGCCUGUCAACAAGAUGUAAAACCAGAAAGUAGACUGUUACGGAUAGUGCAUAAGUUAUCAGAAAAUCAAAGCAAAGAAAUACAUAAACAGCAAAUAAAUAAUACUUUGACAGACGAUCAGGUUGAAGAUAACACAAUACAGCAACAAGAAGAUUUGGCUGAAUAUAAACGUCAACGCAGACGUAUUACAGAUAAUGAAAAAAAGAUACUAGAAAAUUUAUUUAAUUUUGACUCGUUUUCUGAAGAUAUGGCUGUUGAAGUUUUGAGGCAACUUCAAGAUUUUAGCAAUGAUUGGGAUAUGCAACGUGUUCAAAUAUAUUGGAAUAAUCAUCAUAAGCGAACAUGA